UCGUCAAAAUAGGCAAAAACUAUCAAAAAUGAGUCAUAAAAAUCUGCUGGCCAAUAAAAUUACUGUACCAAUUCGUAACGCUGCUAUAAAUGUGACCCAAAAUUCCACAACACCAUUUGAGCAGGCAAAACUAUCAACUAAUCUCAUCAGAGCUUAUUUUGACAAUGGCCUAAUCAAGCAAGCACGCCAACUGUUUGAUGAAAUGCCUGACCGAGACGUAGUCGCAUGGACAUCCAUGAUUUUUGGAUACACAACAUGCAAAACUUAUAAUUCUGCAUGGUUGGUUUUCAAAGAUAUGAUGAGGGAAAGUUUUGAUCCUCCGAAUGCCUUUACUUUUUCGACCGUUUUUAAGGCUUGUAAAGGGAUGAAGUCGCUUUCUUGUGGUGGUUCAGCUCAUGGGCUGGGUUUGAAACAUGGGUUUGUUGGGUGUAAUAAUAGUAUAUAUGUCGAUAAUGCUCUUUUGGACAUGUAUGCUACUUGUUGUGUUACUAUGGACAAUGCUUGUUUAAUCUUUCGAGAGAUUUGUUUGAAAAAUCAAGUGUCUUGGACUACACUUAUAGCCGGAUUCACUCAUAGGGAUGACGGGCUUUCAGCCCUUCAAAUAUUUCGAGAAAUGCUCAUGGAGGAAACUGAACAAAGCGCUUACAGUUUCUCGAUUGCAAUCAGAGCAUGUGCAGGAGUCGGAUCACAUACUUAUGGCAAGCAAAUACAUGCUUCAGUAAUCAAACAUGGGUUUGACCUUAAUAUCCCAGUGAUGAACUCUAUAUUAGACAUGUAUUGCAAGUGCAAUUGCUUCCAGGAAGCAGAAGUGUGUUUUAAUGGAAUGUAUGAAAAAGACGACAUUACAUGGAACACGUUAAUAGCAGGAUACGAAAAGCCCGAUCCAAUGAAGGCUUUACACUUGUUUGUGCAAAUGGAGUUUAUGGGGUGUGCUCCAAAUUGCUUCACAUUUUCCAGUGUUAUAGCAGCCUGUACUAAUUUGUCAAUUUUGACCUGUGGCCAACAGAUACAUAGUGCGAUUUUCAAGAGAGGUCAUGAACAGAACUUGCCGUUAGCAAAUUCUCUCAUCGAUAUGUAUGCAAAGUCUGGAAGCAUUCAAGAUUCUAAAAAGAUAUUUUCUGAAAUGUCUUUUCGGGAUCUGGUUUCUUGGACUUCAAUGAUGAUUGGAUUCGGAAGCCAUGGGCAUGGACAUGAGGUUAUCAAGUUAUUCAAUCAGAUGGUGAAUUCAGGUAUAAAACCAGAUACAAUUGUAUUCAUGGCAGUUCUCACUGCAUGCAGCCAUGCUGGACUUGUUGAAGAGGGGUUAAGUUACUUUAAAUUAAUGACUAGCCAGUACAAAAUUAGCCCAAAUCAAGAAAUUUAUGCAUGUGUUAUUGAUCUGUUUGGGCGCGGCGGAAGGAUUAAGGAAGCAUAUGAUAUGAUACAAAAUAUGCCAUUUAAACCUGACGAAUCUGUUUGGGCAGCAUUCCUCGGAGCUUGUAAAGCACACGGGAAGCCCGUCAUGGGGAAGAUGACUGCCCAGAAAGUGUUGGAUUCGAGGCCUAAGAAGGCAGGAAUCUAUGUGCUACUGUCAAAUAUGUAUGCUGCAGAAGGUAAAUGGGAUGAUCGAGCCAAAAUGAGGAAGUUACUAAAUAAAUUUGGUGUUAAGAAAGUAGCUGGUAGGAGUUGGGUCGAGAUACAGAAUCAGCUCUAUAGUUUUGUUGCUGGAGACAGGGGUGGUUAUCAUGAACAACUUGUUUAUGAGGUUCUUGGAGUAUUGGGUCAGCAUAUGGCAGAGAAAAACUACAUUCCGCAAAUUGGGGAUUAAGGAGCAUUAGUGGUUUCAUGUUUAAUGUGGUAGACCUUUUAGGCUUCCAUUCACUUCCCCUGCAUUUGGUGUAGCAUACUUGAGGAUGGCAGCAAGAGAGCAUUUUCAUGUGCUGGAAGUCCUGAAUCACUGCAAAAAUUUUUAUUUGAUGGGAGUCCCAGAAAGAUUGCUCUUGAGAUGACAUAAUGAAUUGCUUGCACACCUUUUCUUGUUGAGCGGAAAAUUGGUAUAUUCUCAUACUCUCAUUUACUAGAAAACCCCCCAUACCCUACAAGGAUUGAGUCUUGUUUUUGCUGUUGUUGUCAUUUAACUAGAAAACCGGUUGCUAUAAAAGUAUCUUGUACGAUGAUGAUUUGGCAUUCUGGAUGGGUAUAGAAGUUUUUUAGACCAUACGGUGUGCAAAGAUUUGUCUGGAUUGACAAAACUGAAGAGCUGAACAGGUACAGACUAUAUUGAUUAUCAGUGCGAUCCAGUCAGGAACCAGAACUGAACCAGUGCUUUCGAGAAUUAUUUAUUCUUCCACACUUGAAAGUUGAAACCAUGUUUUAUUAUGUAUUUCAUUAUUAAACCAUAGAACCUUAAAUUUAUACUACGUUUACUUUCCA